AUGCAAAAAUUGCAUAUCAGCCUUUAAAUUUAAUCAGCGCCAUUUUUAAGAGAUCUUUACGCAUAUAUUUUCAUGGAAAAAAUUCGACACUUGCUGAUCAAUUAAAGAAAGAUAUUAAUUAAAUAAUCGAGAUAGAUAUUUAAAAUUACAGUAAAUUAUUAAAACGAUAAUAAACAUACAAAAAACAAAAUGGGGAGAAAAAUAGGAAGAAAAGCGAAUGCUAAGACGAAAACUGGCAACAAAAAAUCUGAAAAUGCUAAAAAGCUUGAAAAGAAGCAAGUAAUGAUUAUACACAAGUUGCAAGAAGCAGUGGAGUCUCACACUGCUACUUACAAUUCAAGUAACGUUGACUACAUUCCACAAACAAAAAGCAACGUGCAAGCAUUUCCAAGAAGAGACUCUACAUUUGUCCAAUCAAAUACAAAUCGCAACGAAGAUAUUGUGUAUAAUAAUUAUAAGUGCUACCGUUGCAAACAUUUUUUGAAAAUAUCACCGAAUUUGUCUCGACCAUUCUGCAAUAGAGUAUCCACUGUCAUCGGACAGUGCGAGGCUAAUUUGAGUUUCAUUCAAGCUAUAGUCUGGUUGAAAUCUGCCACUACCUAUGCCUCGCAAAUACCAAUCGAUAAAUUGCGACAAAUUUUUGAUAAAUGGAGUACACGCAAUAAAUGUAAUUACUCUGAAGAAAGGGGUACCGAUGAUGGUCACAUUGAGCAAUUAUUCUUUCCUAUAACUGAAGAUCUAUCGAUUUGCAAAGAGACCGCAAUUGAGAAUAAAUCCACGUCGCUAACUCUUUCUGAUAUAUCAUGUGAUGCAUCACCUCAAAUAAUUUAUGAAUCACAUAGCAAAUUUUCACGAACAAAUGAGGAUUUACAAGAUGAAAACUUUUCACAAACAAAUGAGGAUUUACAUGAUGAAAACUUUUUACAAACAAAUGAGGAUUUACAAGAUGAAAACUUUUCACAAACAAAUGAGGAUUUACAAGAUAAAAACUUGGCAUUGAUUAGAAAUAAAUCUCUAGUCUUCACACCACAAAGAUAUACUGAUUGUGAGAUGAAAAACAUAAGAAACGAGGAAUUUAUACCAAUAGAUAUUAUAAUUCCAGAAACAGAUUCUGAAACAGAAUUGGAAAACUUUGAGUAUCUACGCGAUAUGUUUGACGAUGUGCCUGAGCAUCAAAAAGAAUGUAUUGAAAAAAAUACCUUUUUUAGUCAAGAGAAAUGUGCUGACAAUUGGGAUGAAUGUAAAUCUAUUUUGUCGGACAUGAACCGAUCUAUCAAGUCAUUUAAUAAUUACGAUUUUACUAUCUUAUCAAGUGACUUUGAUUUAACCGACUUGCAGCGUGACCCUCUAGAUGAAAUUCUAACUCAAAUAACUGAAAUGAACAUUUCUCAAAUUGACGACGCGAUGCACUGGGAGCAGAGAAGCGCCGGUAAUUCUCAAGCCGAUCAGAUGCAGCUAUCAUUUUCAGAUGUUCGCAACGACGAUAACUUUAAGACCAACGUCGAAUUUCAAAUUGACGAUAACUAUAUCGAUACGCGAACGGAGAACAACGACGCUGCUGAAAAUGUCGAACAGGAUAGCGCCUACAGCACGUCGAGUAUCUGUGCGUUUAAUCACGACUCUGUACUAAAAUCUUGCGAUGACAAUCAGCGCACGCCGGAUACUAACACCGAACAUCGUUAUGAAUUGCGAAGUCGCAAAAAGAAGCACGAGGAAGCAAUAAGCUCUCCCUCGAUAAUAAGAUUAAGUGGCAUUAAUAACAAACGCUCUGCGCCGAAAGAACAGUCUUUGCCGAAAAAGCAUAAAUCGGAGCAAGCGGAAAAUUUGUUAAAGGAAAAAGAGGGAAAUAACGAGGAAAUGGUUUCCGCCAACUGGUUGAACUUCACUCUGGACUCCCUGAAUUUGGAACAGGUGAUUCUCGAAUCUCUCAAAGUAAUUCUGUCGCGACUCUGCGACGAGAAAACGGCAGAAGAAUACGCAACGCGAUGUUGGAAGGGCAGUCUGGAAGAGGAAGCGGUGAACGCGGUGUUGAAUGUCUCCGACAUUUUUAGAAUGGAAAAGAAGCCGAACGUUUGCAGAAAAGAAAUCGUAACGGCGAUAACCAAGACUUUCGACGAGAUGACAUGUGUGCAAUUAAAUAAGACGUCCGUGUGGAAUUAUCGCGUACGAAUAAUUCUGGAAUUGUGUAAUUCGAUAUCGAUAUGCGUUGAGGUAAUCGAUCAUCUAAUAGCGAAGUUAAAACCGCUUCAAUCUACGCUGAGCGAGGCAAUGAGUCAGCCGAUCACUUCAAAUCAACUAAAUUUCAGCAUCAUGAUAAAUCGGUUGCAUUUUAUUUUCUACGCGCUAAAUAUCGCUCUGCAAAAAUAUCGCACGAUUGUGCCAAGCGGUCGACAAGCUCGGUCUGCGGAAAACGAAAUACCUCACGUAACGGAUCUUUGGAAGGCGCGCUACGUCGACGAGGAACUUGAAGACGCGGGCUUAAACACAGAUGUCGCGGAACAACAAUGGGUAAAAGCGUUGGAGAAUUUUAAAAAUUUUGAAUUUGCUGAAAAAUCAGUUUCGCUCCUUCACAUAUUGCUUUCGUGAUCCGUUACAAAU